UCCCCCCAGUGGUGGUGAGAAACAACGAGGUAUCUUGGGAGUACCUCAGGCACCUGCUGCUACACCAGCGCCUCUUCCACUCUAUUGUCAUCUCGCCCGGCCCCGGCACGCCCUGCUGCGCUGCUGAUAUCGGAGUGUGUGCGGACGUGCUAAGGGAGUGUACGGACAUCCCGAUUCUCGGAGUGUGCAUGGGCCAUCAGGCCCUGGCAGCCCUGAACGGAGGCCAGGUGGUGCCAGCACCAGAGCCUGUGCAUGGAAGGCUCAGUGGCGUGGAGCACACGGGUCAUCCUCUCUUCGCCAACAUUCCGUCUGGCCCUCUUUUCCAGGUGGUGCGCUAUCACUCCCUUGCUGUCGAUGGGAUUUCACUUCCCACCGACUUAGAACCCAUCGCCUGGACCACCAAUGACCCUCUCUCCACCCACAUCGCCUCACCUGGGGCACCAGCAGCCACACCAAGUUCUGUUGGGGGCGCACAGGCAGCGAAUGGGGCAAUGAUUGCAGGAGCAGAGGUGGUUGUGAACGGGGCUUGUAGGGGUACGGAGCCAGGAGGUGAUGUGGGGACAGGAGCGCCAAGUGGGAACGCUGUGGUUGUGAACGGGAUGGUGGCACCACGUCAGUGUUAUCAACAGGAGCAGCAGCAGGAGCAGCAGUCGAAUAGAGUGAUUAUGGGUCUGGCACACAAGAGACGGCCACACGUGGGGGUGCAGUUUCAUCCCGAGAGCAUCGGCACGUCAUUUGGGCGGCAACUGCUGAAAAACUUUAAGGCUCUUGCACUGUGUGUGCCGGCCAGAGACGGCUCUAUGGUGUGCGGCAGAGACAUGGAUCUGGGCGGCAGAGACAUGGAUCUGGGUGGCAGAGACAUGGAUCUGGGCGGCAGUGACAUGGAUCUGGGCGGCAGAGACAUGGAUCUGGGCGGCAGAGACAUGGAUCUGGGCGGCAGAGACAUGGAUCUGGGCGGCAGAGACUUGGAUCUGGGCGGCAGAGAUUCGGGCGGUAAUAAUGUUGAGGCCACGAGGAUGCGACACAAGAGAGGGAAUGGUUGCGCAUCCACACACCAGGGCUUGGCGCGCUUCUCCUACAUGGGUGGCCGGGGGGGUCCCCUCUGGUCCAAACUCACGCGAUGUGAUGUGACUAUGGUGAAGGAAGGGAUGUGGGAGGGUGGCAUUUUCAGCUUCCUCAAAGAGCACCUGCAGCAGCACCAGUGCGCACCACACGAGGCGGCUGUUCUGCCUUUCGACUUCUGUGGCGGCUGGGUCGGCUAUUUUGGGUACGAGCUGAAGAGGGAGUGCGGUGCAGACCACAACCGCCACAGGUCGCCCUUCCCGGACGCGGCUCUUUUCUGUGUGGACCGAUGGGUGGUGCUUGAUCAUGGGCGAGGGGACGUGUAUGUGUGUGCUGUGGAGGAGGGUAGAAGGGGGGAAGAGGGUGGGGAAAAAGAGGAGGAGAGGGGGAAAGAUGUGCUUAGAAGUGGGGAAAGAGAGGAGAUAGGUGAGGGGAGAGGAGAGGGUAGGAACGAGAGCAGGAGUUGCAGCGGCGGUGGUACAAGUGCCGGUGCGUAUGCCGCUCAUGUGCUUCGGUGCGGUGCAGAUAGGGGAGAAUGGGGAGGGGCUGGAGGAGGGGAGGGUGAGAGAGGAGGUGGGGAGACAGCAGGGGGCAGCAGCAGGGAUGAAGCAGAGGGGGGGAGUGGAAAGGAAACGGAUGGGUGCAGAUGGGUGGCAGAGGCGAGUGAGAAGCUGAUGGCUUUGGUGGAGAGAGGGGUUUCUGAGGCGAGUGGGGCAGAGGUAGAGGCUGCCACAGAGGCAGUGCAUUUGAGAGAAGCUGUAGAAGGGGGCUUUGCAGUACAGUCAGCUGGAGGGAAUUCGGCAAGAGCAGAUGCCGAGGGCCUCACAGUUCUGUCAGAGCCCCUGGUGCUGGAGAGGUGUAGAGAGCGGUACAAGGCUGAUGUAGCGCGGUGCCUGGGGGAGAUUGCCAAGGGAGAGAGCUAUGAGCUGUGCCUCACCACCCGCCUUGAGAGUGAAUCUCAGCCGUCACAUCCGCUCGGGGCGUAUUUACGGCUGAGGGAGAGGAACCCUGCUCCGUUUGCUGCUUGGAUGUGCAUGGGUGAGAUAAGUCCAUACUCCAUGAGUGAGGUGGGGGAGCCAAAAUUGAGUGACGGAACAGUGCAGUGGGGGAAAGAGGAGGACGAGGGGGAGGGAGUGGGGAAAGAGCCAAAGUUUGUGGGGGAAGAAGAGGAGAACCAGCAGCAGCGGCACGACCACCAACACCACCGCCGCCGCCGCCACCACCAAAACCACUCUGUGCUCCGCUCCCCUUUUGCCCUCUGCUGCUCCUCUCCUGAGCGGUUCCUGCGGGGCGACAGGCACGGCAUGCUGUGGGCGAAGCCCAUCAAGGGCACUGUGAGGCGGGGGGCGACGGAGGAGGAGGAUGAGUGGCUGAAGAGAGAGCUGAUGUGCAGGUGUGGGGCGACAGCGGAGGAUGAGCGGCUGAAGGAGAGCUCUUUCUCAGGUGAGUGUUUAAGAGGUAGAGGAGGGAGGAAUCGAGUGCAUGUACGUAGAAUAGCCAUGCUGUGGGCGAAGCCCAUCAAGAACACCAUGGGGCAUGGGGCGACGGAGGAGGAGGAGGAGGAGGAGGAGGAGGAGGAGGAGGAGGAGGAGGAGGAGGAGGAGGAGGAGAAGGAGGAGGAGGAGGAGGAGGAGGAGGAGGAGGAGGAGGAGGAGGAGGAGGAGGAGGAGGAGGAGGAGCAGCGGCUCAAGGGAGAGCAACUGAGUAACACCUGGAGAUCAUUUCCAAUGAAGGGGCUUGAAAUUUCAGCGCAACGCCGCCCGGACCUCUCCCCACUGGCCUGCAUCCGGGCGGCGUUUCCGGGCGGCUCGAUGACCGGGGCACCAAAGAUAAGAUCUAUGGAGAUUCUGGAUGAGAUUGAAGGGUCGGCGAGGGGACCUUAUUCGGGAGCCUUGGGGUUCGUUUCAUUUUCGGGCACCUUUGAUUUGAAUAUUGUGAUUCGAACGGCUGUGAUGGGUGGAGAGCUGGGGGUGGUGUUGGAGAGGGAGGCACGGGCAGGGGAGGAUGGGGAGGCAGAGGAGGGAGGAGUGAAGGCCUGGGAAGGGGACGGAGGAGGAGCGAGUGGAGAAGAGGAAUGGAUAGAGGGUAAGGGGGAGAAUGGGGCAAGAAGGGCUGCUGUGGAUUGGAAGAGGGCCAGACGAAAGGGCAGGACGAUGAUUGGAGCAGGAGGGGCGGUGGUGAUGUUAUCGCAACCAGAGAGUGAGUUUGAAGAGAUGGUGCUUAAAGCUAGGUCUCUGGUGAGAGUGCUGCGACCAGAUGGAGCUGAUGAUCUGAACGGGGUGUGA